CCGCGUGAUGCCGGUUACUCAGUUCGUCGUAGUCAGGUCGUCCUACGUCCUCGAUAUAUCCGCAAAUCGUCGCUGAGGUAAACCACCAACGACGGAAUUAACGGAGAGAAACUGCGCACACGUACUCUCUCGGCGUUCAGUUCGUUGCCGUCGUCUCGCCAGGAGAAACGAUCAGUCACCGUUCACCCUCGACAUCGCCAGCAAAACCUGUUGAAGAGCGCGGUGGAGACAAAGGCUCUAGGCAAGAAUGGCGCCGAAUAUAACCCGCGCACCGACUGGCGUGCUCUUCGAGGGCGAGACUGUGGCCGAGCCGCAGCCGAUUGAGGCGCCGAAGGAGAAACCCAAAUACUUCAGACGCAUCGUUUGGAGAAACGUGGCGAUUUUCGCGUAUCUACAUAUUGCGAGCCUUUACGGGAUAUACCUCGCGUUCACGUCGGCCAAGUUGGUGACCGUCAUUUUCGCAAUCUUGUUGUAUCAGUUCAGCGGUUUGGGAAUCACAGCCGGCGCUCACAGACUGUGGGCGCACAGAUCCUACAAGGCCAAGUGGCCGCUCCAGUUGUUGCUUAUGAUUAUGAACACUAUAGCGUUCCAGGAUGCCGCGAUCGAUUGGGCCAGAGACCACAGGGUUCAUCACAAGUACAGCGAGACCGACGCUGAUCCGCAUAACGCCAAGAGAGGUUUCUUCUUCUCGCAUGUGGGUUGGCUCCUAUGCAGGAAGCAUCCGGAGGUCAAGGAGAAGGGCAAGAGAAUCGACUUGAGCGACCUUGAGAGCGAUCCUAUAUUGGCGUUCCAGAAAAAAUAUUACAUCUUGUUGAUGCCUCUGCUGUGUUUCAUCCUGCCUACCGUGAUUCCAGUCGUGUGCUGGAACGAGACCUGGACGAACGCUUUCUUUAUACCCACCGUGCUCCGCUACGUUUUCACGUUGAACAUGACGUGGCUGGUGAACUCGGCGGCUCAUAUCUUCGGCAACAAACCUUACGACAAAUACAUCAAUCCUUCGGAGAACAAAGGCGUCUCUAUAAUGGCGCUCGGCGAAGGCUGGCAUAAUUAUCACCACGUUUUCCCGUGGGACUACAAGACGGCCGAGUUCGGCAACUACAGGUACAACUUCACGACCGCGUUCAUCGACAUGUUCGCGAAGAUCGGCUGGGCGUACGACCUGAAGAGUGUCUCCGAGGACAUGGUGAGGAAGCGGGUAGAGAGAACAGGCGACGGUAGCCACGAGCUGUGGGGUUGGGGCGACAAGGAUCAGUCGCAAGAGGAGAAGAACCAGGCAGUGGUGACGCACAGUUACGCGAAGGAUCAGUAGAGCGUGCGUCGCGCGUGCGAGACUCUCAGGUAGAAUGUAAACGCUUUUCAUCGCAUUCGCCCACAAUAAUCGAUAACAAGGACCAUAGGUUUGUACAGAUUUCAAGAUGUUCUUCUUGCGAAAAAGAAAAAAAGAAAGAUAAGUAACUGAGAGAGAUAGAAUACUCGACCGAACCGGUCUUCCGGGAUCGUUGACGUAUCGUGUCGCGCGAUUAUUUGGCGGGUUUCACAUAUAUCGGACUCUGAAGGGUUCGGAGAAUAUCGACGGUGGGUAUUGCGGUCUCCUCUGAUAAUAGCUUCGACGGUAUUCUGUCUCGAGAUAAUUUUCUUACAAGCUCGGUCGACAGUUGGAAACACGAGCCGUCAUGAUUCUCGCGCUGCGUCACGCAGUUAUCCGGACACUUUGUAUUGUUCGUACGAUUUUUUAAUACGUAAUUAUUUAACGAACAUACAGUCAGAUAACUAAAUGUUACGGCACUUUUCCUCAAUGAGUUCAACUCAAAAUCUCGUAUCUAGGAAAAUGUGUCUCUUGAGAAUAUUAUCACCAGAUAAAUUCUUCUAUUAGAUACGAGACGCGGAACUCAACGGGAAACAGUAUUGUAGCCUUAUUCAGCUGACUGUACGUAUCGUUGUGUACGUAUAAUUGAGAUAUACUGAUCUAAUGAAUUUGGAAAUCAGUUUUGCACCUUUGCGUAAGGUGCGGAGAUCUAUCGCUACUCUUGCUAUCAAAAUGAGCAGGAUAUUUGCGAUCAGUAAUUAGUAUAGUAUAGUUUGAACUUGAAUGGAAUUUAUAAAAGCCAUAGGUGGUCGUCAACGAAAUUAAUAAAAAAAGAAUAUGUACAUGUACAUAUGGAAACAAUGAAGAUCGUUUAACCCUAGAACAUCACACUUGGAUACACACCUAUGCUACCCUUAUAGAAAUAUCAUACUAAGAAUCAUUGAUAAUUACUUAUUUUAUUAAAAAUACUGGAUAAUAAGUAAUUAUCAAUGAUUCUUAGUAUGAUAUUUCUAUAAGGGUACUAUUGGAAUCUCUACUACUUCCAUAUAAUGAAAAGUGGAAAGUCGGAAUUGAAAAGGAAAAAAGACUUCUGUCUUCCCUCUUGUUUCCUUCUUCCUUUUUUAUUCAUUCUUAUAAUUCCAAACGGAUUAAUCUUAUAAAAAAUUAAUAAUUGUCCAUGUUGUGUAGUCUCAUCUGCUGUUUAGCAGAUGUAGGAGACGCCGUUGAGAUCAAUCUUGACAUUAAAAUUCUUCAUGUUAAAACCAUAUAUUUUUUUGUAAUUAUUGUUCCGCAUUUUCUUCUGGAAAGUUAUAUCCUUUAUCUUUGACAAGUAGUAGAUUGGUUUUAUACAAUACAAUGUUACAAAAAGCUAUAAAUUAAAAGCAGAUAAUCUUCUUGUGAUUAAAGAAACUUCUAUUCGGUCUUUUUAUAAAUUAAUACUUUUUAAAGUAAAAUCUCGAUCAUAAUUAAUGAUACAGGCGUAUUUCUGACAUUUUGACGUUCAAAUUAAAAAAAUUUUAUUUAAAGUAUUUAUUACUUUUCAAGAAAAUAUUGAUAGUUGAAAGUAACUGAGUACACAUUCUCAGUGUGAUAAAAUCGGGACUCGAAGGAAGUGUGAUGUUCCAAGGUUAAUGUAAAUAAGGUGAUUUUCGGUAAUUUGUCUUUACACGAGUUCUCUCAAAAUAUUUCGUUUUAUUGGAUACUUAAUCGGCUAAAUUUUACUAAUUACAGUUAGAUUUUAACUGAUUUCAUAUCAAAUUUUCUCUUUUCCUCGUCGAAAUAAAUGAUUUCUCCUCGACAUGUAAACGUUUCCUAACGUUGAUCGUGAUAAGAUACGUACUUUUUCGAUUAGAGCUAACUUCGAACAAUAUCAACCGGAAUAACAACGAAGCAAAUUGACACAAACGCGAGCAUCAGCUAUUUCUUCUUUCUCGUCUCUCUACUAUAACCUAUACCCGCAUUAUAGGCGCAAGAAAAUCUUUUGACUCGAUUUGUGAUGUGUAUUAGCCAAAAUCGAUUAUAAGAAGUUAGUAAAGAAUUCCUGUGUUUAUCUCGCACACCUGUAGUAUCAAGCGAGUUACGUGAUUGUAUACUUUCGCUAUUAGUUUUCAUUUUUCCGUAUUUAAUGUAGUAAGUUAGUUCUUCUAGAUAUCGAUUAAUCCGACAUAAUAUAUUUAUACGAGAAAUAAUUAUGCGAGAGAAAAAUGAGAGGAGAAUAAUUAAUAGACAUUAUGAUGUUAUUGUGCUUAUGUUUAGCAAACUAAUAUCAAGACCAAUGUAAUUUUCUCAUAGCUGAGUUUAUCUUAAACAGCACAAGAUCUCCAAGUAAUGUCCUGGGAACGUUCUCAAAGCGUCUUUAGAGAGAAUGUCCUGUCCCAGACAGCACAAAAUCUUCAGAGAAUGUUCUGAGACAUUCCUAGAAUAUAUAAAUGUCCUUAGAACAUCCUUAGAACAUUCUUUGAAGAUUUGUGCUGUAUAGGGUGGAGAUCUGUGCUGUUUGGGACGCGACAACCGCAUUUUUCGUUACUUUUAUUACGUUCGCGUUACACUACCAUGUCUUGCGCCUAUGAGGAAAUACGUUUCUAAUCGCUUAUGUUUUCAUUCCGCCGCGAGACUGUGACAAGCGUAGUGCAUUUUGCGAUUCUGCGAAAACGCGACGUCCAUCGACGUGAUCAAUCAGAUCGAACGUUGCUUCGCCAAACAUACCGUCACGGAGAGUUUCUGUACGAAAUGCUAGUGAUCGCGGCGCACAAGAAAUGUGACGCGCAUCUUGAUCCCAAAAGGAUCGCACGAGGUUACUCAUGACGUAGCAAUGUAAUUCUGAGGACUCUUGGGAGACGAGCGAUUGGUCUCGACGCGCUUUCUUGAAAAGUAAGUCUUAAAAUUAAAAAGCAAAAUGCUCUUUACAAUUUUGUACAUCCGAAAGAUGUCCGACCAUGAUACGCGUUCUCGCUAAUUGACAUUACAUUCGGUUUGGUCACAGUGAUACUGGUUUAACAUGAUAUUUUUGGUUAUUUGAGUAACAAUGAUAUUAUUAUUAGUUGUAGUAGAAUUCUUGGCUCGACAGGGGAAUUGUCGAGAUACGCCGAGAACACAAACCAAUACGUUCCUUCGAUUGAUAAUUAUUAUCAACAUAUAUGUUAUUAUUAUAUUGUCAGAUGUAAGAGGUCGCCUGAUUGGCUGCAGUAGUGUAUUAUACAAUAAAUUGUCAUAUGAGCGAUUAAAAUAAAACGUUUAAUAAAAGUAUAUUUUUAAGUAAAGAGA